UUACACGUCAGGAUGACUGGAAUUCCAGAAAGGUCUAUUUUAAUAAGUAAACAGAAAAGAAUCCUCUAGGAUCCUGCAUUCCUGCCUACUUUUCUCUAAAAAUAAACACAAAUAAUAUGCCCUUUAAAUUCUUCCUAUAUAUACACCUCCCCUUAAUGUUCUUUUUUUUGCAAUUACUCAAAUAUACAGUUUCUCGAUUUUUGUUGCACAAACCCUAAGAUCUAUUUAAACCCAUUCUAGAUUAUUCUUCUACGCAUAAUCAAUCUCUUUGAGAAAGGAGUGAUAAGGCUGUUGCCGAGAAUUAAUGCGGAAAGAUGAAAGAUCCAUCGCUUGUUAACCCGUAUGUUCUUGGUGGAAUUACCCAGCAAAUCCAUCAUGUCGUCGGCGGAAGGCACAGACACCGUAAAUACGUUAAGGAUGGCUAGUUUUUGUUCUCUUUUCUUCAUGAAUUUAUGAAUUCAAUUCUCAAUUUCUCUUAAAUUCUGUUGUUCUUUGAAGGAAAUCGAUUUUUAGGCAGGUUUUUCGAGAAUCUAGUAGAUUUUUGAAUUCUUGGAUCAAUUCCCUAAAAUGAUGGGGGAAUUGGUGUUAGCUGUUAAAGAUUUGAAGGGUUCGGGUGCUCAUUCUCAACCCCCGAAACAAUACUGUAAGUUAGUGAUGGAUGGGAAGUAUGAACUCGGAAGGGUUUUAGGUCAAGGAACUUUCGCACGUGUGUACUUCGCACGGAAUGUUGAGACAGGGAAGAGCGUCGCCAUGAAAGUAAUUGGGAAGGAGAAAGUCUUAAAGGCGAAGAUGAUGGAUCAACUGAAAAGAGAGAUUACCGUUAUGAAACGAUUGAAACACCCAAAUAUUGUCGAGCUUUACGAAGUUAUGGCUACUAAAUCAAAAAUCUUCUUAGCAAUGGAGCUCGUCCGUGGGGGCGAGCUCCACGCUAAGGUAGCAAAGGAAGGUAAACUAGAGGAAGAACUAGCAAGAUCAUACUUCAAACAGCUAAUUUCCGCUGUUGAUUACUGCCAUAGCCGCGGUGUUUUCCAUCGCGACUUAAAAUUGGAGAAUCUCUUGCUUGAUCAAGAUGGGAAUGUUAAGAUCACAGAUUUUGGUCUAAGUGCUCUGUUUGAGGAAAAAGGGGAGAAUGAGCAAGCAAUGCUAAGGACUUGUUGUGGAACCCCUCAUUAUGUAGCCCCUGAAAUAGUGUCCAAAAGAGGCCAACCUUAUGAUGGUUCAAAGGCUGAUAUUUGGUCUUGUGGUAUCAUCUUAUAUGUUCUUCUUGCAGGUUACCUCCCCUUUCAUGGUGAUAAUGUUGUAUUGUUAUACCGCAAGGUAAACAAAGGAGACUUCACUUGCCCGUCUUGGUUCUCCCCUGAUGCUCAGGAAUUGAUAACCCGAAUGUUGGAUCCAAACCCAUCAACCCGAAUCACAUUAACCCAAAUCAUGGAAUCAAAAUGGUGGAAAUCUGAUAUUACGAUGACCUCAUUGGAGGAAGAAAUUGAUGGUAUGAUUCAUAAGAAAGAAGUAGAAGAACUGAAUGCAUUCCAUAUCAUAUCAAUGUCAGAAGGGUUAGAUUUGUCUCCACUUUUCUUGGAAUCAAAGAAGAAAAGAGAAGAAAGGGAAGAGAUCGGAUUCACAACAAUGGUAUCAGCAAGUGAAGUGAUUUGUAGGCUGGAAGAAGCAGCUUUGAAGAUGGGUAAGUUCAAGAUCAGUAAGAUAGGAGAUUCAGUGGUGAGAUUGCAAGGAUUAGAAAAGGGAAGGAAAGGGAGAUUGGUAAUUGAGGUGGAAUUGUUUACAGUUUCAUCAUCAUUUUUAAUGGUGGAUGUUAAGAAAGAUAAUGGUGAUACGCUUGAGUUUAACCAGUUUUGCCAUAACUUCCUGCGUCCUGCUCUAAUGGAUGUUGUGGUCUGGACUAAUGCAUCUGAUCAAUACAACAAUUCAGAUGUCUUGUGUUGAAAUUUUUGUAAUCAAUUCUAUACCCUUUUAGUAGGUUUUUGGUGUAUAAAUAUAUGGGUUUGUUGCUGUUUUUGUUUCCUUUUAUAGAUUAUGUCUUUGUUUAUUUUUGGUGUAUAGACUAUUUUAGUAAAUGAGUAUUUGUUUUAUGUUCA